AUUUCACGUUAUAUUUUCUUUCAGCUCUUUGUUAAAAAAAAAUGUCUGAUAAAGCACCAAAGAGAAAUAAAUUAGUUUUUAAAGGCGAUAAAGAGCACAAAAAGAAAAAAAGAAAACAUCGCUCAUCUGAACAUGAAGAUCGCGAAAUUGAAGGAUCAACAGAUCAGGUAUGGGUACGUGCAGAUGCUAUUGAGGAUCUUGUUGGACCAUUGUUCAUUACACACCCAAGUGAACCACCUAUUUGUGUAUGUGUUGAUGAAGACGAUCGAUUUCUAGCUUAUCCUUUACCCGAUACUGCAACGCCAGAGCCUAUAAUUAUGCAACAAGUUUUUGUUGGUGCUCGUGUUAUAGGAUCGACUGAUGCAUUCACAUUAAAAUCAGCUAAUGGUAAAUACCUCAAAUGUGAUAAAUUUGGCGUUGUAAGUUGCGAUAGUGAAGCUAUUGGUGGUCAAGAAGAAUGGAAGCCUGUCUUAACAGAUGCAGGUAUUGCAUUCGAGAAUGUUCAUGGAAAAUUUUUGAUGGUGGAUGAAAUCGCUGGAGGAGGUGUUCGUAUUCGUGCUGAUGCAGAUGAUGUUGGUUUUUGUGAGACAUUUAGAGUCUAUUGUCAAGCACGAUUUAAAUAUAAACAAAAGACAAAAAAAAAGGGAGGACAAGGCGCUAUUUCUGAAUCAAAUAUUAAAAAAUAUCAAUCAUACGGAGGAAGUAAGGCUUAUACAGAAGAAGAUAAACGAGAAUUAAAGAGAGCAAAAACAGAAGGCCGUUUAGCAGAAGCUUUAUUGGAUAGAAGAGAAAAAUUGAAAGCUGACCGUUAUUGUAAAUAAUAAACCACUUGAUUUAAAAUGAAAUUUGAAUUUCAGUUAAUACAAUUAAAAGAUAGCUUCAACUCACAAAAUUUUUUAUGCCUACUAAACAUUAACGCUAAUUUAUGGUUAUACUAACUACAAGAUGCAGAUAAUAAACUUGUUUUAGAUUAACAAAGCAAAUAAUAAUAUUUGAUUGAUAUAACUCUUUUAUAUAUAAAUAAACAUACUUUAACCUAUAGAAGGUUAUAUAUAAUG